ACGAUAACUUUGCGCAGGUAUUCCUACACAAACGGACGUUUUAUUUUAAAAAAAUGAGGCCAUUUGAGUAUUUCUGUAGAGCAAUUUCCGAGCUGGAAAAGCUUCUAUCUGAUGAUGUAGAUUAUUUGGAUCAUUGCUUUGAAAUCGCAAGAUUGCAUUCUUUCGCUACAUGGACUGUGUCAUUUAUGGAUCCCAAAAAACUCGCGGCCGCCGGUUUCUUCUACACCAAAAAGAAAGAUAUAGUAAAAUGCUUUGAAUGCCAAAUUACUUUGUCAAACUGGAUAGUCGACGAUAAUCCCAAGGCCGAGCAUCAACGUUGGUCUGGAAAAUGUAGAUUUGUCCGGAAUGUUCCUUGUGGAAAUGUACCAAUCGGCGCCAAUCCUAGCACGAUUUCUAAACCCAAACGAGAAGAUAUUUGCGGACUUUAUGGCCUCAAGUACAUGGCGCUUUCUGCUCCGGACAAUGAUCUGCAGGUUAAAAAUGUUAUGAAUUCUAGUCACUCCGUACCUUCUGAUCUGAAUGAAGAUAUUGACAUUACGGUCUUCUGGGACGCCGAUACGAACUCCUACUUCAUGGCCAAGCUCAGCGACGUGUUAGGUUCGAAACAGCCCACAUACGCUUCUUAUGAGCAUAGAUUACGCUCUUUCGCAAUAUGUACUUGCGAUACGAUAUGUGAGAAAAAAGAAGAAUUGGCUAAAGCUGGUUUCUUUUAUCUUAGCGGCCUUUUUGAACCUUCUGAUCAAACGAUGUGUUUCUACUGUGGAAAAUGUCUGAGAGCUUGGGAACGAACGGAUGAUCCCGUGGAAGAGCAUGUUAGGUGGUACCCCGAAUGCAAAUUUAUCAAUAAAAUAUUAGCACAGAAGGAGAAGAGCAAAUUGUGCACGAUACAGAUAGAUCACGAAAGUGAAAUCCCUAUUAAAUGCGACUACCGUUUCUUAAUUUAAUUCAAUAUUCUUGAUAAGCGAACUAUCCUUUUUCAAAUUUGACUGAAGUCUAACGAUAAGGCUGCAUUACAAUAAAAAAAGAAGCGUGAAACAUAUUUGCAUGCAAAAUAUUGAGCUCAUGUUAGACAAUACGUAUGAGAAUCAUGUAGUUAUAAAGAAUUAUAUAUUUUUUUAAUAAAGAUACAUUUAGACAUGUUUAUUCAUCUGAUAUGAUGAUUAAGAACAAUUUACUGCAAUCUAAGUCAAUCGGAAAAUUUUGUCUGUUUAGCGUCUGUUUAGCGGCGAGUAGCUAGAACUGUCGAUAAUUCUAAUAUCUAAAUCAAGCUCAAUUUUUUAGUUUUA